ACCAUCAAAUGCUUGUGUGGACCGUGCGUGUGCGUACUCAGAGACUCAGAGUAACGCCAUGGAUGUUUCUGAUCUCCUAGUUGAAUGGGGCCACCCGGAGCUCGUGGAACCGUUCAGAGACCAACAAUUUGAUAUUGAAUCUCUCUUGGAGCUGGAUGAUUCAAGUUUGUCCAAGUACAUUCCUCUUCAUGGGCCAAGAGUCAAGUUAUUGAGCAAAAUACGUAAACUUAAAAAGUCUAUUGAGGGUACACCUGUUGAGGUGGUGGUUGUAGAGAGUGCAUCUGCAUUCACUGAUGAUGCACUGCCCGGCUCAUCGAACUCAGAAGGAUUCACUUAUAAUGCAGUGCCAGGCCCAUCGAAUUCAAAUAGUGAAUUAGGAUUCACUUGUGAUGCACUGCCAGGCCCAUCAAACUCAGAUGUUGCAUCUUUAAUGAUCACUGAGGGAGGCUCAGCAGUAUCAUCUUCCCCUGCACCCAAGAGAAGUUACGAAGAUCUAGUUUUGGCAGAGACUUUGGUUGCGAGCGCUCUAGAGACACUGGAUGUGAAAGCAGUGCUGGAAGGGGAUGCUCUCUGCAAACAUAUUUUGACUCAGCUUCAAAUAAAUGUGCAACCAAAGGGAGACUGGAGGAAAAGCAUUCUUGAUGUACUUGUCAGCCAAUGUCUCUUAAAACUUUCUUUAAACUUAACUUUGCCGCAACUUCGAGGAGUUGCUGAAAAACUUGUGGAAGUGCUACCUGGUGAACAGCUUUCAACAUACUAUCUAGGAGCGGAUCAUACACGGAGACUGGUGUCAGGAAAAUUGGUUGACAAGUACAACAACUUGAAAUCUAAAUUGAAGUAUAGUGGUAACAAGCGACACCGAUCAUCUGCCUCUACUAGCUCUGCUGACGAUACACCCCCACCUGCUAAGAGUUACUCAACAGAAGAAAGGCAGCAGAGCCUGGCAUGGUUGAGGUUCAACAGGACUCCUUGGCCAGAAGUUCAGCGUCACUGGGAUGUAGUUUAUCAGGAUAGAAUGAAACUCCUGUAUCCACGCACAAAAUCUAGGAAGGACAGCAACAUUCCAAAAUACUAUGUAGAAUAUCCAGUAUUAACUGACAAAGCAGGCUGGCAGUUGCUUGUGGCUGAUUUUGAGAAGAUAUAUCCCGACAAGACUGGGCUUCUGUUUGCUACUUGGCCUUGUAUUCAGAAGGCUCUGUUGUCAACUGCUAUUGAACAUGCCAAAGAUUCUUUUUCCACUACUUUAAUUUCUCAGCUGACAAACCCUUCACAUCGUGUUACAGAAAGCGUUGAGAUACUCCUACACUUAAUGCUGUUACCAUCUAUCUUCAAAACGAACACUAGUGUUGCUUACCCAGCAGACCCAUCAAAGCCACUUGGUGCGAAAAAGUUCUGGAAACCAACUUUGGCUGAGCAAAGAGAUGGCUUUAUAUUGCAUGUCAAGGUAACUUUCACAACUUACAGUCCGGUCAAUUUUUUUAUUCUGGGAUGUGUUAUCCUUAUUGGUUUCUAUCUCUUUCUACAGGAUCCUAAUAUGGUUAAGGAAACUCUAGAAAAACGUCAAACGUUUAUGGAAAAAGUUGGAUUGAGGUGCCAACCUCUGAUUGUGUUGAGUGGACCCUCUCUUAUGCAAUAUACCCAUUGUCAAGUGUCGAUUAAUGGGAUACUCUAUCAUGUCCCUGGACCUCUACAGGCUGUUGACCUGGCUUUUAAAUCAUUCCAGGUUUUAAAUGCCUGGUAUCCUAUUGAAUCUGACCAAUCGUGGCUUUUCAUUCAACAAGAAAUAUUUAAAAUUAAAUGUAAAUCCGACAAAUUUAAUUGCACCUACCUAUCUUCUGUUGCUACUUUCAAAAAGCAUCUGGAGUAGCUACUUUCACUUUAGAACUUGAAAAGUAUCUUGAUUAUUUAUUGGUUUUGUUAUAUAUAGUAAUUUAAUAUUAUAUUUAACAGUUAUAUUUAUUUUCUUUAGUUUCAUUUGGUAUUUGUUAUCAAGUUUGGGUAUUACUUUUCUGUAAUUAGGAAAUACAUAAGUGACAAUGUAUCUCUGUUUGUUUUGUAAUGACCAUCGUCCCUCUGUAAAAGAGCUGUUGUUUCAUUUGCGAACAACACA